AUGGCUUCUAUUUUCAACAUUCUUUUCCUCACUCUCUUCCUUGCCCUAGCUGUCCAAGCUUAUGGACAACCCUGUGCUUUGAGUGCUAUUGAGGUUAAACAAACCAAAACAUCAGGCUCAGUGUGGAAUGUUACUGUGACCAACACCUGUAUUUGCACUCAAACUGAAGUGAAGUUCAAUGUCAAUGGAUUUAAAUCAAGCACACCUGUUGAUCCAGCAAUAUUUAGCCAAGAUGGUCUUCUCAUUCAAGGAGCACCACUUUAUGGAUUUAAAUCUGUCUCUUUCACUUAUACUUCUGAUUCUCAAUUUGCAUUUACACCAGUUUCUUCCCAAGUCGCAUGUUCUUAG